UCAUAUUUCAAAGGGGCAAAACAAGCGAAUGUGUCUCGAAUUGCAUCGGAAUGUAAAAAGGACAAAUUAUUUGUUUUUUGCUUAAUUACUCAGCCCGUUAGACCACCCCUUGGUGCACCACUGUGUACGCAUGCAGUUAACGGGAUGAAGGUAGUCGUUGUAACAAACCCAUGGUUGCCAUAGGAAUUGCGUUGGAGUAAUUUUAAUUUCAGUGUCUCGAAGAGCUUUGUCCUUUUUUGUAAUACAUAUUUGUUUAUACGUAUUUACACUAAAUAUAAAACUAUUUUUAAAACUGCGAAUAGUAAAUAUAGUUAAAAUGUCACAACGCACAAUAUUGGAGGUACAAAAUGACUUGGCGCGGAGCAGCGCGCACGGCAGGGAAAUUGUUUGGGACUCCUUAUCUGCUGAGCAAUCUCAGAUUUUAAAGGAUAAAAUCAAAAGCAUUCUUCCAGAUGAUAAUCAGCGUCACAUUGAAGUGGAGAAGGCUCGUAGCAAUCUCUUUCGAAAUGUUUGGUCACAAAGGAAGCAUACUAAUCGUGUUCUACUGUCCGCUAUUAUUUACGUAAUGGUAACUGAAGAAAAGGAUCAUGAAUUGGCCAAACACUCAACCGACUUCACUUUUCAUCCCGUAAUACGCACUCGCAAAUGCUUGUCAUCCAGUAACAGCUCUGGCUGCUGUAUGAUUUUUAUUGACGAACAUUCGCGGAUCUAUCAAAAUUGGCAGCAGUAUUUGAAGAACAAUAUACUUCCUAGUGGCACAAUGAUUGCACCAUCGAAUGGUGUUUAUACAUUAACCGAGUAUGAAGAGGUCGAACUCGAAACACGCACCACUCUUAACACCAAAUCGAUCAGAAAACUUGAGACCGCUAUCGGAGUUGGUGGACUAAUUUCGGGUACUGCACCCCUUGCACUUUCAAUGGUCAUGCCGAUUGCGGCGCCCGUAAUGUUAACCGCCGCAGCAGUGUCAUUGGCUACGAGUGCCUAUUCAACUGUACGUUCAGCAACAUAUUUAACAGAUCGUUAUAAACACGGGCAAUCUAAUUCUCUGGCUGACCGCGAGGCUCGGAGUAAAUGGCUAGGAGUAGCGGGUGGAGUUGCCGGUUUAGGUGCCUCAGGUGCUAUGAAUGCGUUGGCCUAUGCUAACUCAGCCGGUAAAGGAGUUCCAUUGAUGGCAAAAGUAGCUGUUGGCGGAAUCAAUGUAUCAUCACUUGUACUCUCCGGUACUGACAUAGUAAACACCAUUUAUGAUUUAUAUCUGCAAAGAUACGAUGACGGUCUAAAUAGUUUAGAUAUUCUACAAGUGGCGUCUUCUUUGUUGGUUUUUACGCAUUCAAUUAACAAUUUGGCACUCGUAUCGAAGAUGCCAACAAGAGGAGGUAGUGCAUCGAUUCGCCGAGCAAUCCGCCGACAGACAAGAAACUCAUACGAUAAAAUUUCGAAUGAAUGCAUGAGGAUGAGUAAAAAUGUUACAAAAAUGGAUUUAAUACGUUUGGUAAAUAACAUCCCUUCAAAGGAAGCUUUUAUUCAACAAAUUGGAAACUUAUUGGCACAAGCCACUGCUGGCACAGUCGUUGGUAAUGCAGUCAGUGCGCUCCCACUGCUUAUAACUUAUACUGCGGAAGGUGAACUAAAUCCCAUACAGUUGCUCGCUGCGGCGGGGUUCAACUUUGUUCGCAAUAUUUUGGAUUCCAACAGUUUUAUCGACUUAAUUGGCACCAUGGCUAAUUUUAUGAGCGAAAGAGGCUUUUAUUUAUUGCUGAAUUUAACAAGAACUUUUAUGGACGAAUACGGUGAUAGCAUAAAUAGUGUUCUUCGUACCUUCAUACCCACUGAAAAGGUGCUUUAUGAAGCUUUCAUGUUGUGCGUCACAAAAUAUUCUGAUCUCACAUACGAAUUUCUCGAAAGUAAACAAAUCGAAAUACUCCAUGAACUUGAAAAUUACUUUUAUUCUCUUAAUCCCAUCGAUGACAGUAAUAAAUCUUAUGCCUGCAAAAUAUGUAAUGGAUAUUAUUAUGAUUGUCCUACAUAAUUCAUUUAACAUAUGUAUUAACUAAUUUUUUUAAAUUGAUAAAUAAAAAUAUACUAA